GAGGAAACUGAGGUUGAGUAACUAAACCAGGUGCGCCCGAAUAGGAAGGGUUGGAAAUCACACCCAGGUUUGUCACGUAUACAAAGUCUGUGUUAGUGAUUACAAAGGAACUAACAUGAGAUAGUCUUUAAUGUUUAUUGAGCAUUUUAUACUCUGCAUUGUGUUAAGUAUUUCAGAUAUGUUCUCUUGUUUGGUGCAACUCUGUGUGGUAGAUAGAAGAAUAAUAGCCAUGUGGUCCAUGAAAACUGCAGCUGAAAACGCUCAAGGCUCUAAGUCUUAGGCGGAAGACAAGAAAUGCACUUUGUUGCGGUAGUGCAUGCUUUACUAAUGGUAGGUACUCACAAAAAAUCAGUGAAGUAGAUACUGCCGUAAUUUUUGCUUACGGAUGAAAAACUGAGGCUGCAAUUGAGACAUUUACACAAGUAAGCAGGGGUUCAAGCCCAGUUCUCACCGCUGCAAAGGCCAGUGCUGUUACGCUCUACGAGACAGGAUAUAGGCCCAGAUGGUUGUUUUGAGGGAAAUGUGAUUUGGGAGACACAUUUAAUCAAGUCAAGCACCAGAAUGCUAACGCUCUUCCCUGGAGAGAGAAGGGCUAAGAUCUCGUUUACUGAGAGAACUCCGCCUGCAGGCGUUCGGCAGACCAGCAUUGCCUCCUUCUUCGCCUUGCAGCCAGGAAAGACAAAUGGUGGUGAUGAGAGGAAUGUUUCAUCUCAUGUAGAAAGUCAGACCAGCAGACAGUGUAAGAAAGAUGCAACCCAGCUAGACCAUCCGAUCCAGGGCCUGGGGGGUGAUUGCAUGGCACCCCCUUUAGCCACUUCAACCCCUGCAGACAUCCAGGAAGUUGGACUUUCUCCUCAGUCCCUCCAGGCUUCUGGUCAACACAGAAUGGGAGCGCCAGUCUUGGCUGAGUCUUUGUUCCAGCCUGAUACCUUAGUCUGUGCUGGAGAGAAGCAAGACUCACUGGCUUGUUCCUUCACCCCGGACUUGGAAUGUUCUUACAUGCUGGACCAGAAGGAGGGAGAGAAGGAUUCUUCCUGGAAAAGGGAAUGGCUUCGUGGAUCUAAGAAAAAGAACUGUCAGGGUACAGAGAGAUGCAGUGAACCCCCUUGGGGCAAGGGCCAUCAGCCCUGGGACAAGUCUGAAUUGGUGAAGGUGUCUGCCCAAGAAAAUAGGCAGGCCCCUGCCCUCGUUCAAACAUAUAGGGAUUCCUGGAGUGGAGAAGAGGCAGAAGCAGUGAAACAAAGUUCUUAUCUUGUUCCUGUGUUUUCCUGGGACAGUGAAAAGAAUGACAGGGACUCCUGGAGUCAGCUCUUCACUGAGGAUUCUCAGGGCCAGCGGGUCAUCGCCCACAACUCGAGAGCUCCUUUCCGAGAGAUAACCAACAGCCAGAACCAGGGCUUAGGGCACUUUUCCCGCAGCUCUGGGGCUCAGUGCCAGGCCAGGCCCGCUCAGCUAAGUCUGCAGCCUGAUUUGCUCUUUACCCAGGACUCUGAGGGCAAUCAAGUUAUCAGGCAUCGAGUCUAAAUGUCUUUCAGGGUUUGCUUUUAAAAAUAUUUUCAGGAGGGGUUUUGGGAGUAUGUCUGUGUUUUGGUAAGGGGGAAGUGUGUGUUGAAGCUGUUAUUGAGCUUUUUCUUUGUGUAAAUCAGGUGGUGACACCCGAGACAAUAUGGUUGGCAUCACGCCUUUUCCUAAAUUAGGGGUGGUCGGUAAAUCCUCUGCACAAAGCUGUGGUAAGCACCAGGGAGGCGGGGCAGGGCCUCAUCCCUCCACCACAGAGCCUGUUACACAGCCUGCAGCGAGCCACCGUUCUGCCCGUUCAGAUGCGUCACUGAGACAUCGCCUCUUACAGACAGACGUGUCUACUUUUAGUCUCUGGCUGUAAUCAUACUUACUGGACCUAAGCUUGGGACCAUUCUUCCUGACACUUUGAGUGGCAAGUCACAGCUCCCUGACCUGGGUGUACAGGGGCAGGGGGAUAGAGAGGUAGAGGGUAGAAUGAUGACAGUGUAAUUUUAAAUUUUAUUUUUGUGAUAACUUUACAGCAUUUAAAAGUUAUAUGUUCUGUUUAAACAUCUCCCUUAAAAAGCUUGGGCUAGAUAACAAUGUAGAUGUGACUACAUCACUCUUCUACUAUAAAGUGGGAGAGAACUCCCUUUGUAAAACUGAGUCCAAAUAAAUGACUGUUUACAAAGCUGGCUCUGAUGGUAAUUAAAACAUUACCAAUUUUAUUUUUGAAAAAGGAACUUUUUAAUGUUCUGUGCUGUCAUUGCUGUGGGUCCAAACUCAAAGGAAUGUAACUUGACCUGUGUUCUACCCAAGAUCUUACCCAUCGGGUAGCAGUUCCCCGUGAUUUGGGUGUGGAACCUAAGAGGCUCCUAGGGGGCAAGCUUGCAAGUUAUAAGAUGGAACUGCUUUGAGAGCUUAGGACAAAACCUCCACAGAAAGAGACAAAGCCAGGGUCCUGUUAAUGAAAGUACACAUACUAUAAAAUCAACAGGAACCCUAUACCUGCGGGGGACACCGGGGGAUAACUCAGAAAUGGACACAGCAGAUGCAGUAUCUCUGCAAAUCCUUCCUUUAAUGUCAGGUAGUGCUUCAACCCGAACACACACAAUACAUAUCGUAGAGAAAGGGACCUGAGGGUGUCUGAGUCAUGCAUGGUGUGGGUACAAACCUUGUCCCAAUGCAAAGGAGAAGUCAAGGGCCUGCAAGAAAGAUGGUAUUCUCCUCCCCCUCCCCAUUUCUCUUUUCUGCUGGGCUUAAACUAAAGUCCACAGAAGAGCAAGAGCUCAGUCAGUGGAACCAAUGAGGCCCCAGGGCCUUGGAGGGUAGAUUUGGUUGUACAGUAUUACAAAAUAUAUUUAAGAAAAAAA